AGAUCCGGAUAAGCAUCACCUCAACACACUGAUUUCCAGCAGAAACACGCGAGCACAGAGCGGCCAUGGCCACUGCACCUUACAACUACUCCUACAUCUUCAAGUACAUCAUCAUUGGUGAUAUGGGUGUAGGGAAGUCCUGCCUGCUGCAUCAGUUCACAGAGAAGAAAUUCAUGGCGGACUGUCCGCACACUAUCGGCGUGGAGUUCGGCACCAGGAUCAUGGAGGUGAGCGGACAGAAGAUCAAGCUGCAGAUCUGGGACACGGCGGGUCAGGAGCGCUUCAGAGCCGUCACACGCAGCUACUAUAGAGGAGCCGCUGGAGCACUGAUGGUCUACGACAUCACCAGGAGAAGCACAUACAACCACCUCAGCAGCUGGCUGACGGACGCCAGAAACCUCACCAACCCCAACACUGUCAUCAUACUGAUAGGAAAUAAAGCCGAUCUGGAGGCGCAGCGGGACGUGACGUACGAGGAGGCCAAGCAGUUUGCGGAGGAGAACGGUCUGCUGUUCCUGGAGGCCAGCGCUAAAACCGGAGAGAACGUAGAGGACGCUUUCCUGGAAGCAGCCAAGAAGAUCUACCAGAACAUUCAGGACGGCAGUCUGGAUCUGAACGCGGCAGAAUCCGGCGUCCAGCACAAACCCUCAGCGCCGCAGGGAGGAAGACUGACGAGUGAAACACAGCCGCAGCGGGAGGGGUGUGGCUGCUAAUUCAUCAUCAUCAUCAUCAUCAUCAUCAUCACGCGGCUCCUUAUUCUCCGUGCUCUUAUUUCCCAUAAUCCUCAUCCGCUGAACACCAGUCAGCCUCUUUUAUAUCCCAAACGAGACGUCACAUUCAUCGGAAAUAACAAACCAGACCUGCUGGAGAGCGUGACAGUGUUGCACAUCGCGAGUCACGUUACUAUAAUUGCGAGAUGCAUUUCUGCUGGUCUGGAUCACUGAUUGGACGCGCGUCUAACGAAAAAUCCUCUUUACGUCAAUUUUUUCAACAUAACAAUGAGACGUCAAAUGUGUUGGUAAUGAACAAGACACGGGGUUAAACACGGCUAAAUAUUGGCACUGCAUUAGCUAUGUUAUUGAGAACGUCAAACCUGUUUUAUAUCGAUAAUUAGCAUAACAAUGAGACGGCAUUCGUUGGAAAUAAACAUGAUAUGCUUUGAUUAUAUGCCUUAAUAUCGGCACCGUAUACAUUGUUAGUAAUAUCAAACAUGUUUCUGCUGGUGUUGAUUCGAUGCCUGUCCAAUGAAAAAGCCUCUUCAAGUCAAUAUUUUGUCACAUCCGUCGGUAAUAAACAAAACCUGUUGGAAAACGUGACAUGGCAUUGAAUACGUCAUAAUAUCGGCACCACAUGAAUUACAUUAUUGAAGACGUCAAAUGCAUUUUGUUUCGACACUCAUCAGCCUCUAUAUUAAUAUCUUUGUUAGCGUAACAAUGAGACGUCACAUUGAUCAGUAAUAAACUAGACAUGGCAAUACAUACGUCAUAAUAUUAGCACUGUAUGAGUUACGUUAUUAUGAACGUCUUAUGAAUUUCUGCUGGUGUUGAUUUGACAUGUUUGAGUCACUGAUUGGAAGCCCAACUAACAAAAAAAGCCUCUUUUUAUGUCAAUUAUUUUAUAAUAAUAAGACGUUUGUCGGUAAUAAUCAAGACAUGUCAUUGAGUAUGUCCUAAUAUUGGCACUGUAAGCGUUACGGUAUUGAGAACGGCAAAUGCAUUUUGAUUUGAUGUGUUGAACACCCAACAGCCUCUACUUAUAUCGGCGUCUUAAUAAGCGUAACAAUGAGACGUCACAUUCAUCGGAAAUGAGACUUGUUGGAAAACGUGAUGUUAAAUACGUCAUAAUAUUGACACCGUAUGAGUUACGUUAUUGAGAACGUCAAAUGCAUUUUGAUUUAACGUGUUGAACACACUCUUUUAUAUCGAUCAGACAUCAGAUUUGUGGGAAAUAAACAAGACAUGGCAUUGAAUGUGUCUUAAUAUUGGCGCUGUACGAGUUACGUUAAUAUGAACGUCAAAUGCAUUUCUGCUAUUGUUGAUUUGACAAGUCACUAAUGGGACUUUUGAUAACGUGACAGCAUUGAACACGUUAUUGAGAGUAUAUUUUAUAGCUUAAUGAGACUUUUUAUAUCAAUAAGACAUCCGAUUUGGCAGAAAUAAACAAGACGUGGAAUUGAAUAUAUCCUAAUAUUGGCACUGUAAUAUUGCGUUACAAUAUUACGAAUGUCGAAUGCAUUUGCUUUGACGUGUUGAAGCUCCUGUAAUGAGACAGGGUGCAGAUUAAUAUUUCAAUUAUUUACAUUGUAAUUAUAAUUUUAAUAUGCAUUCGCAAAUGCAUUGAUCCCAAUUUUCUUGUGGUGUGAACAGCUUAAUGAAAAGAAUAAGAUCACUUUAUAGAC